CCAGGCUUUAUCUACUGAUUUUCACAGCAAAGUCUCUGAGAAGGUUAAAACUUUUGUGCCUUCUGGAGAAAACUGUCUAUUGGGAUUCUUACUUAGGUGUGGACUGGACUAGAUGGCUUCUGAAAUCCUGUGAUUCAUCCAUCUCCUGAGAAACACUGUUGGAAGGACAAAAUGGAUGAGUCAACCACCUCACCAUUCUACUAUGAUUACAAAGCUCCCUGCCAAAACUUUGAUGUGAGACAGACAGCAUCAUGGCUCCUCCCCCCGCUCUACUCCCUGGUGUUCAUUUUUGGCUUUGUGGGCAAUGCUCUAGUUUUUCUCAUCUUGAUAAGAUGUAAGAAGCUGAAAAGCAUGACUGACAUCUAUCUGCUCAAUCUGGCCAUCUCUGAUUUACUUUUCAUUGUCACCCUCCCAUUUUGGGCUCACUACGCUGCAGACCAGUGGAUCUUCGGAGAUGUCCUAUGUAAGAUGCUGACGGGAUUCUAUCACAUGGGUUUCUUUGGAGGAGUCUUCUUCAUCAUCCUUCUGACUAUCGAUCGGUACCUGGCCAUUGUCCAUGCUGUGUUUGCCCUGAAAGCUAGGACCGUCACCUUUGGCAUUUUGACGAGUGUCAUCACCUGGGUGGUGGCUGGGUUUGCCUCUCUCCCAGCAAUCAUCUUCACCAAAUCUCAAAAGGAAGGCAUGCAACACACCUGCAGUCCUCAUUUCCCAUCAGAUCAGUCCACUGUCUGGAAAAACUUCCAAACUUUAAAGAUGAAUAUUUUGGGGUUAGUGUUACCCCUCUUUAUUAUGAUCAUCUGCUACUCGGGAAUCAUAAAAACAUUACUGAGGUGUCGUAAUGAGAAGAAGAAACAUAAGGCAGUGAGGCUAAUCUUUGUGAUUAUGAUCGUUUACUUUCUUUUUUGGGCUCCCUAUAACAUCGUGCUUCUCUUGAAUACAUUCCAAGUUUUCUUUGGUCUAGACAAUUGUGAUAGCUCCAAGAACCUUGGUCGAGCCAUGCAACUGACAGAGACACUUGGAAUGACUCACUGCUGUAUCAACCCAGUGAUUUAUGCCUUUGUUGGGGAAAAGUUUAGAAGAUACCUCUCUACUUUCUUCCGCAAAUACAUUGUCCGGAGUUUCUGCAAACACUGCCCCAUUUUCCAUGGGGAGACACUUGACCGAGUGAGCUCAACAUACACUCCAUCUACUGGGGAGCAAGAAGUCUCCGCUGGUUUGUAAAAAGGAUUCCUUUCUUUUCCUUAAAAAAUGGCCUGGGUGGGGGGGAGGAUGUGUCCUACAAGGCUUGAAAGGAACUGAAAAUCUUGGAGAUUCAAGAACAGAGAUCCCUAAAAGGCAAGGAAACACAAGAAUAUUCAGACUCCAGGUACAGAACUGAACUUAAUAUUCCCACUUUUCAAUAAAUACAUCAUCCCAUAGCACUAGAAGACUCCUUGAGUAUCAAAUGACUUCUCCUGAGUUACAACAGAAUGGCCUGGAUCCCUGUGUGUCUCUGCUAUUUAGUCUAAUCAACCCUCAACCCUACUUCCAUAUACAUACAUGGAUGUGGAUGUGCAGACAUAUAUGUGUAUAUACGUGUGUAUACAUACAUAGAUAUAGAGAUGAACAGAUAGAUAGAGAGAUAUAGUAGCUGAGUUACACACUGUCUAUCUUAGCAUGUCAUCAGAAAGGUGCCAGAAGCUAGAUCAUUAGCAUUAGGACAAAUAGAACAAUGAAUACCAGACAUUCAGGUUUAUGGAUUCUUUUAUAUCAUGGAUGAUAUGUUAUGAGAUAUAUACACAUCCAUAAAUAUAUGUGCAUACAUGCAUACACACACAUGUUCCAAAGAUUCCUGCUAUGGCUUUUGUGCUUAAAAUGAAAUGUAAGACUGAAACCAAAACUUUUUGGAAUGUUAUCAUUUUAUGAAAUAGGAAAUAUAUAUAUAUAUAUACACAUAUAUAUAAUCAUUAAGCAUUUAUUAUGCACCUUCUAUAUACUAACUACUGAGGAUGCAAAUAUACAAGUGAAAACAUCCUUGCCUCCUUGCUUUCAAGGAGUUUCCACUUUAUUCUUUUUUUUUUUUUUAAGCAGGGUAAGGAGAUAAGUAUAGGGCAGCAUAUAAAUGGGACAGUAGACUGGUAAGGAGUGGCACAGCAAAGACCUAGGUCAAGAUGCAUCUAGUCAGGUGAGGGGAAGAAUGGCUGAUGACUUAAAAGUUCAGUGUAGAAAUGGUCACAGGUCAUAGGCCAGGCCAUGGUCACUGUCACAGAUUGAGAUCUGAAGCCUUAGAACAUCUAGUCCAAAUCCCCCAUUUCCCAGUUGAGAAUACUGAGGCCCAGAAAGGGGGGAGGGGCAUGCUCUUAAACCCUAAGGAUUGAAGAUUCCUAGAAUAAGUUGGAUAAUUCAACUUCCCAGAUUCAAUGCAUUGGCCUAUUCAUGUUGUUUGCCUCCUUUUCAUCAGAUCAUUCUGUAUAAAAAUGUAGACAAUGUCCUGGACAUGGAACCUCCAGCUUUGUCUUGAAGUGAUUAUUAAAUGGUAAUGCUAUUUUUUUUCCUAAAGCAUCUUCAGAAUGUAACUUAGACACUUGGUUAGCCCAGUUGACCAAAGCUGACGUUAUAGUUAGCACAACUCAAAAGAUAAGCCUCUCUGGUUUGUUUUCUAGAACUUCAUUUUUCUAGAUAUGACUUCAUUUAGAAAAUAAAAUCUUCCUAACAA